CCGGGGUGGACCUGAGGUGGGAGUGUUGCGUUCAGCAUCCUGAUGGAGAGACGCUGACCGCAGCUUCGAGUCUUCCAGGACAGCUCCAUCCGUCUGAUCGGCCCGCUGUUCCCGAACCCUCCACCGAACCCUAGCAGACCCCACGGGAGUCCGUUCGCCUCGCUGCUUUGUCUUUGUUGUUGCGGUCAGUGCGGGGAUGGAGGCUGCAGAGUGCGGGGUGUGCGGGGUGAAGGUGAUGUGCCGCUUCAGGCCGCUCAGUGAUUCGGAGCGGAGCCGCGGAGACAAAUUCGUCCCAAAAUUCAACGGAGAGGACACAGUGGUGCUGGCGGGAAAGCCGUACGUGUUCGACAGAGUCUUUCCUCCCAGCACUGAACAGAUUCAGGUGUAUGACACCUGUGCUAAACAGAUUGUCAAAGACGUGUUGGGAGGAUACAAUGGAACGAUCUUUGCUUACGGUCAGACGUCAUCAGGAAAGACCCACACCAUGGAGGGGACCCUGCAUGAUCCCCACAUGAUGGGGAUAAUCCCCCGAAUCUCCAGGGACAUCUUUGACCACAUCUACUCUAUGGACGAGAACCUGGAGUUCCACAUCAAGGUCUCCUACUUUGAAAUCUACUUGGAUAAAAUCAGAGACUUGCUGGAUGUGUCAAAGACCAACCUGGCUGUUCACGAGGAUAAAAACAGGGUUCCCUACGUCAAGGGUUGCACUGAGCGUUUUGUGUCGAGCCCUGAGGAGGUGAUGGACGUGAUCGACGAAGGAAAAGCAAACAGACACGUCGCUGUCACCAACAUGAACGAGCACAGUUCUCGCAGUCACAGUAUUUUCCUGAUCAACAUCAAGCAGGAGAACGUGGAGACGGAGAUGAAACUGUCUGGGAAACUUUAUCUGGUCGACCUGGCAGGGAGCGAGAAGGUCAGCAAAACUGGAGCUGAAGGGUCUGUGCUGGAUGAAGCGAAGAACAUCAACAAGUCUCUUUCUGCUCUUGGGAACGUCAUCGCUGCGCUUAGUGAAGGAACGAAAACCCACGUCCCGUACCGAGACAGUAAGAUGACCAGGAUUCUGCAGGACUCCUUGGGAGGAAACUGUCGGACCACCAUCAUCAUCUGCUGCUCCCCGUCUGUUUACAACGAGGCGGAAAGCAAGUCCACCCUCAUGUUCGGACAGAGAGCUAAAACCAUAAAGAACACAGUUUCUGUGAACCUGGAGCUGACUGCCGAGGAGUGGAAGAAGAAGUAUGAGAAGGAGAAGGAAAAGAACAGAAGUCUGAGCAUCAUGAUCCAGAAACUGGAGAAUGAGCUGAAGCGAUGGAGGAAAGGUGAGGCUGUGCCUGUGGAGGAGCAGCUGAGCAACAGAAACAAGAAGAGCGCCGCUGAGACGCCACCAGUGAUCGAGAGCCUGGCCCCGCCCACCGUACCGCUGUGCGAGGAGGAGAAGGUGCAGUACGAGACGCUCAUAACCAACCUCUACCAGCAGCUGGACGACAAGGAUGAUGAGAUCAACCUGCACAGCCAGACCUCUGAGAAGCUCAAACAGCAGCUGAUAGAACAGGACGAGCUGCUGGCGUCCGGCCGUCAGGACUACGAACGUCUGCAGGAGGAGCUGAACCGGCUGCAGAGGGACAGCGAUUCGGCCAAAGAGGAGGUGAAGGAGGUGCUGCAGGCGCUGGAGGAGCUCGCGGUCAACUACGACCACAAGAGCCAGGAGGUGGAGAACAAGAACCGCUGCAACGAGCAGCUGAACGAGGAGCUUGCACACAAAACUGCGGGUCUGGAGGUCGCUCAGAGGGAUUUGUCCGCCCUGCAGGAGCUCAGCUCUCACCAUAAGAAGAGGUCUGCAGACAUCCUCAACCUGCUGAUCAGAGACCUCAGUGAGAUCGGCAGUGUCCUCGGGACCACAGAGCUCAAAGCUAUGGCCGAGGUGAGCGGCGUGAUGGAGGAGGAGUUCACCACGGCUCGCCUCUACAUCAGUAAGAUGAAGUCUGAGGUCAAAUCUCUGGUGAACCGCAGCAAACAGCUGGAGGUCAACCUGGCGGAGAACACCUGCAGGACGGAGGCCAACGAGAAGGAGCUGAGUGCCUGCCAGCUCCUGGUCUCUCAGCUUCAAGCCAAGUUGGAGUCCCUGAGCGCCGACCUGCAGAGGAUGGAGCAGAAGAAGAGGCAGCUGGAGGAGAGUCAGGAUGCUUUGAUGGAGGAGAUUGCUAAGCUCCACGCUCAGGGUCAGAUGCAUGAGGUGACAGUGAUGGACAAAGAGAAAGAACACAUGAGCAGACUGAAGGACGCGGUGGAGAUGAAGAGAACGCUGGAGGAACAGAUGGAGAACCACAGGGAGGUGCAUCAGAAACAGCUGAGUCGACUCCGUGAUGAGAUCGAGCAGAAGCAGAGAGACAACGAUCAUCUCAAAGAUGUGAAUCAGGCUCUUCAGCUGGAGAACAGAAAACUUCUGUCGGAUUUCGAAAAACUCAGAGCCGAGGACCAAAACAAAGAGCAAAGACUCCAAAAACUGCAGUUCCUGAAUGAGAAGAGAGAACAAGCCAAGGAGGACCUGAAGGGUUUGGAGGAAACUGUGACCAAAGAGCUGCAGACCCUUACCAACCUGCGGAUCCAGUUCAUUCAAGACAUCGCUUCUCGAGUCAAGAACAGCUCAGAGAACGACAGCGACGAGGCCGGCGGCAGUCUGGCUCAGAGACAGAGGAUCAUCUUCCUAGAAAAUAACUUGGAGCAGCUCAGCAGAGUCCACAAGCAGCUCGUCCGGGAUAACGCUGACCUGCGCUGUGAGCUCCCCAAACUGGACCGGCGGCUAAGAGCUAACGCGGAGCGAGUGAAAAUGCUAGAAACGGCCCUGAAGAAUGCCAAGGAGUCAGCGCUGAGGGACCGCAAGCGGUACCAGCAGGAAGUGGACCGGAUCAAAGAGGCAGUCCGGUCCAAGAACAUCUCCAGGAGGGGACACUCUGCUCAGAUUGCCAAGCCAAUUAGAGCCGGGCACCAGUACCAUCAUCCGUCCUCCUCCCAGUCCAUUAAACCAACCAUUAGAGGAGGAGGUGGCGUCUCCAGUCCUCGCCAUCACUCCUCCCGUCAUCCAGCAGCUCAACAACAACAACAGCCUCGGUUUCCACAGUGAAGCCACAAGUGACUCCAGAUAACAGCUGACUCUGGAUCAGUUUUUUGUUUCUGAAGAUCACUUCUGAGUUCUUCUGUCCUCACCAUUCUGCCUUUCCUGGGAACAUUCUCCUCAUUUCUUCAACUUUCCACUUUAACAGCCAAGAAGAUUUUGCCUUUGUCCCCUGACUCGGACUUCUUCUAUAGAAAAACCAAGCUUAAUAUUUUUAAUUAUUCCGAGUCUGAUCCGUUCCUAUCCAACAUUCAGCUUUUCCUUCUGCAGUAUUAAAAACUGAACUUUAGAAGACAGUAGCCUAAAGCUAAAAUAUGACCAAAAUCAAGCACAUUGAUGCAUUAAUGUAAAAUGCUAGAAUCAUUA